CACUACUUCCAUACUACAACUUACUUUAUUGAGAGCCACUUUGUUGUGCAAGUAUAUAAUAGCAUAUAUUUGUGCUUGAUAAUUGAAGAGGAAAAACGCUUAUUGAUUCAGCAACCUGUUUGUGAAGAGAUUAAGAGAGAGUAUGGGGUUUGGAGAUGCAGUUUUGCAGGGAGGCAAGAAGGCUAGCCCAGGAAAAGCUUCGAUUAUGGCUCUUGGCAAGGCCUUCCCUCACCAGCUUGUGAUGCAGGAAUUUCUGGUUGAUGGGUAUUUCAAGAACACCAACUGUGAUGAUCCAGUCCUAAAGCAGAAACUGACUCGACUUUGCAAGACAACGACUGUGAAAACUAGGUAUGUUGUGAUGUCAGAAGAGAUCCUAAAGAAGUAUCCUGAGCUUGCCAUUGAAGGGCUUCCAACAGUGAAGCAGAGGUUGGAUAUCUGCAACUCUGCAGUUACCCAAAUGGCAAUUGAAGCCUCCUGGACUUGCAUCAAGAAAUGGGGCAGGUCACCAACAGAGAUCACACAUUUGGUAUACGUUUCCUCGAGUGAAGCGCGGUUGCCGGGAGGCGAUCUUUACCUGGCAAAAGGCCUCGGGUUGCGCCCUGACACGCAACGCGUCAUGCUCUACUUCUCUGGCUGCUCCGGGGGCGUUGCCGGCCUUCGUGUGGCCAAGGACAUUGCAGAGAACAAUCCAGGAAGCAGAGUUCUUGUGGCCACUUCAGAAACCACCAUAAUCGGGUUCAAACCUCCCAGUGCGGAUCGCCCCUAUGAUUUAGUGGGAGUGGCGCUGUUCGGGGAUGGGGCGGGCGCCAUGGUUAUCGGCUCAAACCCGGUUCAAGAACUCGAAAGGCCGCUGUUUGAGCUGCACACUGCUAUACAGCAUUUUGUGCCGGACACGGAGAAGAUCAUCGAUGGGCAGCUGACUGAAGAAGGCAUAAGCUUCAAGCUAGAAAGAGAGCUUCCCCAGAUAAUCGAAGACAACAUUGAUGAAUUCUGCGCGAAGUUAAUGCGGGUUGCUGGCUACUCUCAUAAGGACGACUUCAACAAGCUGUUCUGGGCUGUUCAUCCCGGAGGGCCUGCGAUUCUCAACAGACUGGAAAAGAAGCUGGAAUUGUCGCCGGAGAAGCUGAGUGCAAGCCGGCGAGCGUUGGCUGAUUAUGGAAACGCUAGCAGUAACACGAUUGUAUACGUUCUGGAGUACAUGUUAGAAGAAAAGAAGCGGGAAUCAGAAGCAGAAGAUUCCGAUUGGGGUUUGAUACUGGCUUUUGGGCCUGGAAUCACUUUAGAGGGAAUCCUUACUAGGAAUCUCACUGCCUGAAGCCUGAAACAAACAUCAUAGGAACUUUAACUAAUUUGUUUUCCGGUUUCAUUACGUAUCAACAAAACAUGGGAGUCUGAAACCUCUACUGCACUGCAAUUUAUCAAUCUGUAAUCCAGGUUUCUUUUUGAACUUCCCUCCUUUAAUUUGCAAGAUGCUCAAAAGAUCAUAUCAUAUGAACAAUCAAUAAUCCAAUGACACAAU